AGUUCCUUCCGCGGCGGGAAAGUGGGCGGGGACUGAUGUGCACUCAAGUGGUGGUUUCGCGCGUUUCUGGGGUGUCCGGGCGCUUGUUUGUUUUCUGAGUGCGGAUCUUCUCUAGAAUCUUAAGUGUUUGUGUGCGCACGUCAUCUCGAAGGGUUGUCUAAGGGUCCCAUUUCCUAACUACGGUGCUUCUCCCCGCUUCUGGAGGCAGAAUAGCGGACCCGCGGGAGUCCUGCGCCGGGUACCUGCGUCACACCAGAAGAGCCAGACGCUUAAGUGAAAAUGGUACAUGUUAGAAGAUAUGAAACAAGGAGAAAUUCUAAAACUCAAGAGUGUGAGCAGAAAUCUCGAGUUGAUUGGAGGCGGACUAAAAGAAGUAUCUUACAAAAGGAUGAUAGUGAUGAAGACCUUGAUGAUGAGGAAGAGCUCGAUAGUGAUACAAGUGUUGACAAUCAUGACAGUGUUGACAGUGAUGAAGAGCUUUCUAAUAACGAGGAGCUUGAUAGUAAUAAAAAGCCAGAAAAUGAAAGAGAGCUUAAAUUAAUUAAAGUUGAAAGCGAAGGAAACAACUGUGAGCAUCUCAUUAACACUGGCAACGUUUCAACAUAUGAAGAAGAAGACAAAACUAAACAUAGUAGUAUUGAUUUACCAGAUCAUGAAAAGCAUUCAGAAGAGGAGGAGGAUCUCAACAAAAACACUGGACACAUAAAAGAGGAGGAUUUAGAAGAAGAACAUAUUAAGCGAGGAACGAGAAAAAGGUUCUCCUGUGUGAUGUAUGACAGUGAUGAGAGUGAUGACAGUGAUAUCCUAACACCUAGAAAAGCAGGUGCUAAACGUGCAUGUAGAGUGGUUGAAGAUGAAUGUUCUUCAGCAGAGAUGGAGCAAACACAGCCUGAAAAAACUUUAGCUGCAAAAAAGCGAGAACAAUUCCAGAAACUGCAAAAACUCUCAAAACAAAGAUCUCGUCAGAGACGCAAUAGUAGUAGAGAUUUUGAGGACUCUGAAAAGGAAUCCUGCCCAAGCAGUGAUGAAAAUGAAGAGGAGGAGGAGGCUGAGGAGGAUGAUUAUGAAUCUGAUGAAAGUGGAAAUAAUUAUAUUAUGGAUGGCUUUAUAGUGCAAGAUGAAGAGGGUGAUGAAGAGAAUAAAAGCCAGCAAGGCAAGACAUUGACUACAUCACAACUGAAAUUAGUAAAACAGAAUUCUCUUUAUUCUUUCAGUGACCCCUACACUCACUUUGAAAGAGUUGUGAAGGCUCUUCUGAUCAAUGCUUUAGAUGAAUCAUUUCUGAAAACACUGUAUGAUGGCAGCCGGCAAAAGUCAUAUGCACAAGAUAUGUUGACAUCUCUUCAUUAUUUGGAUAACCGCUUUGUUCAGCCUCGUCUAGACAGCUUAUUCUCUAGAAGUCGUUGGAAAGAGCAAUAUAAGGAGCGGGUAGCAAAUUAUUGUAAUGUGAGUGUCCGUAUGAAGAACCCUGAAGACUGUUCCUGUCAAGCUUGUGGAUUGCUUCGCCACUGUAAAUAUUCAGUGCAUUUAUCAGGAAUGUUAUAUAACACCAGCACUAUGGAAACAGAUAACUUCAUGUCACAUGAUGAACAGGUUUUUAUUGUUGGCAGGAUUUGUGCUAAACGUACUGAAAUUUAUCAUAAACUGAAACACUUUAAAUUCAAGCUAUACCAAGAAUGUUGCUCCAAGGCAAGGACAGAAGAAGUUGAGAAUGAACAAGUUAAAGAAACAGUGGAAAGAAUUUUCAAUCAGUCAAAAGAAAGUGGCUGGAUUGAGAAGAAAUAUGCUCAACUUCAAGAAUAUCUCAAUCUUGCGGAUUACUUUCAAGAUGAGAAGUUUGAAUGAUAACAAAUUUCCUUCAGAGAAGAUUUUAUAAAUUCCUGUAAAUGUGAAGAUCAUGAGUCUUGUUUCUCUGUAUCAUGUGACAUAUUUAUAUAUUUUAUGUAUAUCUUCAUGGUAAAAUAUCUUGUUUAAAACAUGUUCAUCUUAAUUUCCAUGAAAUGGCACUCUACAGUAAUAAAACUUUCAUCUGCUGUACAUAGAAAACAUAAGCUUAAUAAUUUUAAGUGUAUUUUGAAAUUACAUAAUAAUGACUUUAUUACAAACUACUAUCAAGUGAAUGAGCUCCUCGUGUCCUGUCAGUUUAGUAGAAAAAUACUGCAUUUGUAAAAUGUAUUUAGACUAACGUCGACAUGUAUUUAUUGCUGAAUCCCUGCCCAGAUCUGUUUAUUAUACUUUUUUAGCAUCAAAUGAUUUUCACUAAUAUAUUUUUUACUACUAUUAUUAUCUAAAUCAGUGCGCGAUGAAAGAAAUCUCAGUGCUUCAUUCAGUUGAGUCCUGUUGCCUCAGAAUCAGACUGUAGCUUACCCAUUCCAAGUAGAGGAGUGCUUUUUUCCUUUCCUAAAGUUUCCCUUAGAAAUAGAUGUUAGGCCUGAAGUCUUUCAACCUUCACAUUCAGGAAUAAUUUCAUGAUAUGUAUUUCAUACUUCAUAAUGUUCUUUCUUUUUUCUAUUCAGUUUUGUCUACGUGUUAAUGAUUAAGAUGUAUUUUGUUUAUUUUUAUACAUAACUUUUCCCAUACAAGUUUUUAUAUAGAAGAUCUCAAAGAGAGAGAUUCAGCCGCAAACAGUUUAAAAGCAUAUUUUGGCAUCUGCAUUGCUUUGCACAUCUAAGUUUUCCCAUAAUAUAAUAAAGAAAAAUGGUUUCAGAAUGAACAAAUGAACCCUGUCUAUUCUGUAUCUUUAAUUGUUAAAAGUUGUGUCCUAGUAGGAUCUGUUAUACUGAGGAAUUUUAGAUACUCCGUUUUUUACUUCAAAUGUUGGUUGAAACUGGCUU